CAACGGCGAAACGCCAGAAAACAAGCGCGUGCGCACAAAUGGCAAGGCCGAGACAAUCAAGGAGGAGUCCGAAUCCGCGUCCUCUGGCCGGCUGUUGACAAAAGACAUCCGCGAGGCCGUCGCGUUGAUCCUCUCCCAGUAUGUCUACAACGCAUCCUCGCCCUGACGCGCGCAGAAUGGCCUCGGGCCUCCCAUUUCCCAUCAAUGGCAUCCUCUCUUUGGCCCUGCCUCCCGACUUCUCGAAUGCAGAGGAGAACACGCUCGGAUGGCUUCUCCGCCAGGAGUCGCUUACGUGGGAGAAGCUGGUGUCCAUAUUCCAUCUCUUCGCCGGCCACCUCCUUAUGCCAGCUUCCUACCCCAACCCCAUCCCCUCGCUUGAUCGAUUCCACCUCCCUGUUCCCCCUCUACCCUCCCACUUCGCGCCCAUGAACGUGUACACAUUUUGCCGCGGGCUGUACGCCCUCCUCCUCCAGGUCGAGGAGCAGAUUGGCGGGACACCUCCCGACGUCAAGCCCACCGAGCGCUGGGCGCUCAUGCAAAAGACACCAGGUCACGGGCUUGGAACAUCCGGAGGCGACUGGUUUACCGCUGCCGCGGACCUACGCGAGGUCGAGGCCGCACGCAAGCGUAUGGGCGUCAAGAACGGUGAGACAUUACUGUCAAAACUCGCCGCUGGCGAGAAGAAGUUCGGCGCCGCCCAGCCGCUCGUCGUUCAGGCAACCGAGCCGCUCGGAAAAGGCAAGGGCAAGGUGCCGACUCUGUCCGAGUCCCUUAUACGUCGCGCAAGUCUCAAGGCGCAGCGGUGGAAGGAGAGUUACGCCGCGAGGCGGAGGAGCGGGUUUGGCAGCAUUCUUCAUGAAGUGACGGCCAUCCCGCAGAGCACUGGAUGGACGCCGACAUUUGGCCCAAGCUACGAAUCGACCAACGCCCAGGGCCUCGGUUACUUCUCGACCCUCAGCCUCAUGCACGAGCGCCGCCGGAAACACCUCCACCAGGAAGUCACCGCCAAGGUACUUUCUGUCGCCGAGGAUGACGGGUGGUACGGCACUCUGCCGGCGGAGGAGAAGGAGAGCAAGUCUGCAGACGUCGAGAUGAAGGAAAACAUCAACGGCGACGGCGACAAGGAGGUUGCUGCCAAGACGGAUGUUGACGCCAUCCUUGCCACAAACGCCAAGUGUAUCGAGGAACUGCAAGAGUGGCAACAGGUGCGCGUGGCUCGUGGUGAUCCCGAAUGGGUGUCGGAGCGUGAGGGCGCCAUCGCCGAUGUGGUGUUUGGAUCGCUUGUCAAGUUGGUCGAGGACGCGUCUCUUCCUCCAUCGGCCCUACUCCCCGACUGGAAGGUGGACGCGGAUCAGACCGACGCCGAGAAGAAGGAGUCGGACAAGAAGUCAUUGGGGCUCGCGCACAAGCUCGCUCGCCGGCUGAUCGCCAACCGUGCUCCCAUCAUGCGCGGUACACUCGACCCCCGCCGUCCCCAGGCGCUACACGACAACGUCACGCUUCGUCUUCGCGCGCAGGCCCAGGCGGCCAUCACUGCUCCCGCGUCACAUGGAGUUAACGGCGCGCCUCACGCCCCACCACCAAAGGCGUCUCCGGGCACACCAGGCUUCAUGCCACCUCCAUCGUCGACUAUCCGCGAACCGCCGCCCCACACAAUGCCAAACAACAUCAACAUGCGCUACUACCCGCAGCAGCAGGGCCGCGCACCUUAUCCCUCUCCCCAGCAGCAGGUGCAAAAGUCGCCGCACCAACCGCACCAGCCGCUCACGCCACAACAGCACCACCAGGCGCUUCCUCAGCACCAGGGAAUGCAGCAUCCUGGCAUGCAGCAGCACCACGCGAUGCAGCAGCAGAUGCAGGCUCAGCAGGCGAUGCAGAUGGGGCUACAGCACGGACAACACCAGAUGCCGAUGGUACCCGGCGGCUCGCCCGCGCACCCUCAUGUGCGCCAAAUGAUGGGCAUGAUGCCACAGGGCGUCCCGCAAGGUGUCCCUCAAGGCGGCAUGCCGGGUGGUAUGCAGAUGCCGCAGCAGUUUGCGCACGGAUCGCCCCAGCAGCAGAUGUUCCGACCACAGGGCGGCAUGAUGCACCCACAGCAGCAGCAGAUGCAGCAACAGCACAUGCAGCAACAGCAACAGCAACAGCAAAUGCAGCAACAGCAACAGCAAAUGCAGCAACAGCAACAGCAGCAGAUGCAACAGCAACAGCAAAUGCAGCAGCAGCAGCAGCAGCAGCAGCAGCAGCAACAGUUCCGGCCCAUGCCUGGGAUGAACUCGCCGUCUCCGGGCGGCAUGGGAUACCCACAGCAGCGCAUGAUGUCGGUUCCUUCGAGUCUGCGGCAGCCAUACGGCAUGCCUGGAACGCCAGGUCCGGGCACGCCUGGCACGCCCGGCAGCAUGGGCACGCCAGGCGGCAUGGGCACCGCGGGCAUGCCCAUGCAGAUGUACCAGCCAGGGUACGGGAGUCCGAUGCCCGUGCGCGUCGGCAUGCCUGGGGUGAACAAUGCCGUGCCCAUGAUGGGGCAGAUGCAGGUCAUGCCUGGGCAGCAGGUGAUGCACCGGUAACAGGUUAGAGGAGGGCGAGUCGGCAGUGUCCCCCCACGCAUGUGGGCAUGUGGCGACUUGGGGGGAGACGUCUAUCGAGCGAGCAGCAUGGCCGCGCCCGCCACCAGGCCAAGAAGGGCAGCAUCCGCAGAUAUGACCGCGCCGCGAUCCCCCCGCAGCAAAUGGCGACGAUGAGACUAGCAGUUAUGUUAUAUUGGGUAUAUGCAGCGACUGAGAGCGCAUGGG